UUCUUUGUGAUGUUACCGCACAUCAGAACUAUCGAUUAUAUAUUUUAUUUGUAUACUAUUUUAAUAUGAAAAAUGAUAAAGUUUUUCAUUUCUCUUAACCGCCAGUCUAAAGUCCGCCUCGUGAGAUGGUUCAUUCCUGUAACUUCAAAGGAGAAGAGCUCCAUAAUCCAGGAUCUUUCUCACAUGGUGGUAAAUCGCAGCCUUAAACAGUGUAAUUUUUUAGAAUGGCGUGAAUAUAAAGUUGUUUUUAAAAGGUUUGCUAGUUUAUACUUUAUUGCCUGUGUUGAUAAGGAUGCCAACGAGCUCUUGGUUUUGGAAAUGAUUCAACGAUAUGUUGAGAUUCUUGAUUCGUAUUUUUGUAACGUUUGUGAACUCGACUUGGUUUUCAACUUCACUAAGGCAUAUCACCUAUUAGAUGAGAUUUUAAUUGACGGAGAUAUUUACGACACUAACAAGAAGGGUAUUUUGCGCAACAUGUCUGCUCAGGAUGCCAUGAGUGAGAAGACCAAGACCUUUUCUUCCAAGUCCUGAAGUUUUAUCCUAAACCCUUAGAAUGUUUAAUAUAUUGUAAAUUUAUUUUAAAAUAAUAUAGUAUGAAAUGGUG